CAAUGGAGGAGGGCAUAUCUAUGGAGGGAGAGAGAAAAAUAUCAGAUCUUUCAAACACAAAACCAUUAUCAGAAAAGGUAGGAAAGGGUUCUUGACAUCGCCUGUUUCAUUCACAGGCGGCGAGAGAGAGAUCAAGAACACGGCAAGAAGAAACAGGAGAUGAACAUGUGGGUGUUUUGAACGUGGACUUUAAGACUGUAAUAGCGAAGAACAAUCUGUCAGUUUCAUUCCCCGACCAAUAAAACGCCAUGUCUUGUCAGAAUCAUGAGCGUAAAAGGAUUUAUCAAGUCUGGCCCGGCAAAAAUAAAUUUUUAUGCGGGGGGAGACUAGUGUUUGGUCCAGACGCAUCUUCUCUUCUUUUGACCACAUGUAUGAUAGGAGGCCCAUCUAUCACUUUUUGCAUCAGAAUAGCUUUCUUGAUCGGAGAUCGCCGCCCUUUAUUCCAUUCUCUGAUUAUGAUUGGUGCAGCUCUUCUCACAAUCAUGGACUUCACGUUUCUCUUCUUGACAUCAACGAGAGACCCUGGGAUCAUCCCAAGGAGCAAAGAAGCUCCUACACUUGAAUGGGCGAGUAACAAAGCAAAACUACCUCGAACGAAAGAUAUAAUUGUGAAUGGCUUCACUGUAAAGGUUAAGUUCUGUGAUACAUGUAAGCUAUACCGUCCUCCUCGCGCCUCUCACUGCUCAACCUGCAACAACUGUGUCCAAAGGUUUGAUCAUCAUUGCCCAUGGGUAGGACAGUGCAUCGCCUUGCGUAACUAUCCGUUCUUCGUAUGUUUCAUAUCAUGUUCCACACUCCUCUGCAUCUACAUAUUUGCCUUCUCAUUGGUCAGCAUGCUUGAAGUCCAUGGCCAAUUCUAUCUCCUCAUCGCUGAUGACUUAAUACUAGGUGUUCUCGCUCUUUACUGCUUUGUUUCCGUAUGGUUUGUUGGUGGACUUACUGUCUUCCACUUCUACUUAAUCUGUACCAACCAGACGACGAGUGAGAGUUUUCGGUACCAUUAUGAUAAGAAGGAGAACCCUUACAGAAAGGGUGUAUUAAAGAACUUUAAGGAGCUGUUAUUGGGUAAAAUCCCACCACCUUUGGUAAAUUUUAGAGAUUGGGUGCAAGAAGAAGAUGUGGAGGUGGGUUCUAUUGCCUCAGAGGUGGUCAGAGCCUUUGGGUCUCCGAGACAUGGAAAUGAGCAGUAGCAAACCAGGUCAUGGUAGCUGCAAUUAUGGGCCUUCAGAAGCUGGAGUAUGGAACUAACAUUGAGACAACUGUCAAGAAGAUAAGUGUAGAUGAAGGCGCUGCAUGGAUUGGCACGGUUUAACAGAGACCAGGGAAUUUAAGGAGAAACUCGAGGGCGGAUGUGAGAUCAAGAUAGGGCAAAACAAUACCAAACAGUUGUAAUUCAAAGCCAUGUACCUCUGUCUUUACUCAUCAAAAUGUCAAAACCUUUUCGCAUUUAGAACAAGAGCUAGGAGAAUUAGUGUAUAAUAUAUAGUGCUGUCUUGUGUGGUAAUUCAAUUUGGUGUAUUUUAUUGUAUAGGGUUUAUAUACUGCGUGGUGUUUCUUGGAUCUUACAGUGUUUUACAAUAAAAAAGAGAAAAGACUGAAUACAACGCAGAAAUAUUUUAUCACAGU